AUGGGGAAUGCGAAUGGAAGGGAGGAGGCCGGCGGCGAGAGCCCAUCUGAGGCGGAGGACGGCGGGAGUGCGCAGGUUAUCAUGGCCGACGGCGAUGGUGCGCUCGGCGGCGAGUAUAUGGGACAAUCGCCUCCUGCAAGCCCUAGGGCUUCUCAGUCUCCUUUGAUGUUCAGACCCCAGAUGCCCGUGGUACCUUUACAAAGACCUGACGAGCUGCAAAUCCCAAACCCUUCAUGGAUGCAAACAGGCUCGACUUAUGAAGACACAUAUAAGGAGCAAGGAAUUCCAACUAUGAUCACGUGGAGCUAUGGCGGAAAGGAUGUUGCUGUCGAGGGAUCAUGGGAUGACUGGAAAACGAGGAAGCCCUUGCAAAAGUCUGGAAAGGAUUUCACUAUCAUGAUGGUACUUCCUUCAGGGGUUUAUCAGUACAGGUUUAUUGUUGAUGGACAAUUGAAGUACACCACAGAUCAGCCAUGGGAGAAAGAUGAAUCUGGAAAUGCUUAUAACAUUUUAGACUUGCAGGACUAUGUGCCGGAAGACAUUGACAGCAUAUCGGGUUUCGAGCCGCCUCAAUCACCCGACUCGACCUACAACAACACUCAACUCGGUCAAGAGGACUUUGCAAAAGAGCCUCCAAUGGCACCUCCACACCUGAAUCUGACAUUGCUUAACGCCCCCUCGGCCCACAUGGAAAUUCCGGCCCCACACUCGAGGCCUCAGCAUGUGGUGCUGAACCAUCUCUACAUGCACAAGGAUCGGGCCCACCCUUCGGUUGUGGCCCUCGGCUCGACUAACCGGUUCUUGUCGAAGUAUGUGACUGUGGUGCUUUACAAGGCCAUAAAGAGCUGA